AUGAGCGAGGAGAGAAGAAGGGGAAAUAAACUUUUCAUACUGGCCAGGGAGUGUGCGCGGGUAAAACGAUAUCGAGAUUCGUAUGCACUUUUCGACAAGAACAGAUGUUUAUAUAAGAUCAUUGCUACCGACGCCGAGAAGGAGGAUCUAAUUCGUCAAGAAAUUAUACCAUAUUCAUAUAGAUCUCGGCAAAUAAGUAUUCUGACCGCCAAAUCCGCGUUUCGCCAAUUUGGCAGCAGGGUCGUGGCGAACGGCCGACGUGUCCGGGAUGACUAUUGGGAAGCAAAGGCACGGAAGCAAGGAUUUACAGAAGAUGACCUUGCAGAGCAGAAGAAACCAGGCGCUGCAAAGGGCAGAGACACUGCUGCUGCGGGAGCAAGCGCGUCUACAUCAAUGAACUUUAGCCACGAAGGAGAAAUUGUCUCCGCUCAAACAGAAGGAUCCUUUGAUACCCACGCUGAACGACAGGCGGCCUUGCCUGGCAUAACUCUUGCGCUAGAAAAGCUCGGUAUGAUAGGAGAAUAUAGCAACAUCCAAAGACCACGCGAAGAGGUCUCUAGUCAUUCACGCCAUGAUCGGAUACAGGGAACUCAGUCUACAGAGUUCCUGACGCAAACGCAUCGUGAUGCGGAGAAUAUCGAGCUUAUCGGCACAGUAGACGUGAAAACUGACUCCUUGCUCGAGCGGCACCGGAGGACGCCUCAGUUGAUUGAUUGUACAAAACUAACACAAUGUACACUUGCCGAUGAGGGACUCUCUCCUGCUCAGGUAGCACAGUCUCCAUGCGCGUCCGAUAGUAGCGUGCAAGAACGAUCAGUGUCUCAGCAACAAGAAAAGAUGCUGCCUCCAUCACUGAAAUCCAUUGACUGGACGACUGAGUUGGCAAGAGCUGUGGGAGCUGCAUAUGAAGCUGCUUACGGCUCUGCCUCAACUUCUCCUUCUCUGCUGUUGAAGUUGUAUUCAAUCUUUGAUGAUGAAUCCUUCCUAGCAAGCGAGUCGAUCUCCGAUGUUGACGAGGAAAGCUUCAUUAGUGGGGUCUCCCAACAUGGGCAGACCGGUAGGACAUCUAGUGCUUCCGGUAAUCUGCACGACGCUUGUAGAGAGUCAACUCCGAUCCCGUCGGUAUCAGGGAUCGGUGGCUACACUGGGGCUGGACAAAGAUCUGACCAGAGUUCUGAAUUCCCCAGGGUAAAGGCCACAUCGUCCAACUUGCAUCCAUCCAAACGUGUUAUUCGGAGAUUAAGAUGCCACUUCAAUGCUCGGAACUCUCAGAAAUAUUGUGUUACUCGCGCAACCGGGAACAAGUAUCAUGUUUGCGCAAAGGCCGGAUACCUAACUGUUACACAUCUCAAACAGCAUAAUAAAAGUACACACAUGUCCAGUCAAUGUACUCGAUGUGGUAGGCUAUUUGACCUGGCGAAAGAUCAGAAAGCACAUGCCCGUUUAGAACCCAACAAAAUGUGCCAUGUAAAGCCAGAAGAGGAAUGGCCAGGCAGUGCUGAAGCAGAAAGUAUCAACGACAAGGUACAAGAAAGAAUUCGCAAAAAAAUCAGCGCACGCGGAUACCAAGAGCUGGAAUCUAGUACUAAAGAUGCCUUGGUGUUAUGGGUUUCUGCAAACAUCACAGAAUAUGUCGGCGAUAAUCCCACUUCACAAGACAAGCAGGAGCUGAAAAACUGGUACUUGAUUUGGUUGGCAUUAUUCCCCGGUAUUCCUGUCCCAAGCCAACCUUUUUUUGACGGUCCUUCCGAGGCAUCAGCCGAAGACGAGAGGUUCCUCCAGGUAUUUCAAAGUACAGUAGAGGAUCGAAUGGCACGCCAGCAGAUGACGUCGAUGCCCCCAGGACUCGUAGACGAGAUACUUGAGCGUAUCCGAGAAACUCAAGUUAUCAUGCGAACGAUGUCGCAGGCAGUCCAAAACAAUACGCCUAGAGAUUUUGGACAGGAUAGUCCUCCUAUGAAUAGCACACAACUGUUGCCCUCUCUAUCUUCCUCCGAGAGUAUCCGUUCAAGAAGGCCAGAGCAUAAUCUGGAGGGCCCGGCACCUAAACGUAGGAGAGAUGACUCCCAGCCGUUACCAGUAGCCAGCUCGUCUACAGAGGGAGAUAUGACUGCGCUAGAAACCUUGCCACAAUACUCUCAGUAUAAUUCUGGCCCACAGCUUGGUACAGCACCUUUUCAGAAUGUAAUGGGCCUCAACCUUGACAGCUUUGUCAACGACCCUUGGUCAGCAAGUGCGCCAAGGUUCAGCGACAUGGGCCAACCUUCUUCCCAUCCCUUUCCAUACUCCGAAUCCGAUCCCCUGAUGCAGCCAUUCCUCGGUGAGUCCAGCCUGGUAUUGGAGCAAGAUUAUUGGUGUGCCGAUACAGAUGGUCACGCUGAAAUCUAUGAUUUGGCAGAGACCAUAAACAAGCCAAACGGCACACCCCGGGCACGGAGGAAGCGAUAG